AUGGUUUUCAGCCCCAACUUCCCUCCGCCGCUCGGUUCCGUGGUGAAAGAGACGCAUCCGGAAGCUCCCGCUCUGCUGCAGACGGUGCCGAUGCUCAGAAACGGCGUGUCGGCGGCUCCGCCCCGGUGCGAGCGGCAGAGAGACCGGCUGGGAGCGCGGAAGGACGCGGGGCGCCGGGCCGGGCAGGAGAGGCGGUGCAUCCGGCCGGCGCUGGAAAACCGUGCGGGGCCCGGGUCAGUGCCGGAGGCGGCGACAGCGAUGGGGAUCGUGUGUGGUGGUCCCUUGUUCCGGGUGCUGGUGCUACAGUCGGCCUGGGCACUGGUCGGCGGGCAGGUGCGGUACUCGGUGCCGGAGGAAGCCAAGGCCGGCACGGUGGUGGGCCGGCUGGCGCAGGACCUGGGCCUGGAAGCGGGCGAGCCGGAGGCGCGGCGGCUGCGGCUGGUGUCUCAGGGCCGGCGGGCGAGCGUGGAGGUGAGCGGGGCGAGCGGGGCGCUGGUGGUGAGCUCGCGGCUGGACCGGGAGGAGCUGUGCGGGAAGAGCGUGCCGUGCUCGCUGCGGCUGGAGGUGCUGGUGGAGCGGCCGCUGCGCGUCUUCCAUGUGGAGCUGGAGGUCACCGACAUCAACGACAACGCCCCGGUCUUCCCGUCUGUCCGCAAAAACCUCAGCAUCGCGGAAUUGUCUCUGCCGGGGUCUCGUUUCCCGUUGGAGGGCGCGUCGGAUGCAGAUGUCGGAGCCAACGCUCAGCUCACCUAUAGCCUCAUCCCCAGCGAGCAUUUCGCUUUGGAUUUACAACGGAGUGAAGAAUACCGGGAAUCUCUUUUUCUGGUGCUCAGGAAACCUCUGGACCGCGAGACGAUGCCGAUUCACCGUUUGAUGCUAACUGCGAGUGACGGUGGCCGUCCGGCUCUGACGGGCACGAUGGAGCUGGUGAUCUGGGUGCUAGACGCCAACGACAACGGGCCGCAGUUCAGUCACUCUGUAUAUAAAGUGCAGCUGCUCGAAAACGCUACAGAGGGGACGUUGGUGGCUCAGGUGAAUGCCACGGAUCCGGAUGUGGGGAGCAAUGCCGAAGUGACAUUCACAGCGAGUAAUACUUUUCCCCAGAAAGGAUUAAACAUUUUUCUUUUGAACCCAGAAACAGGGGAGAUCCGUCUCAGGGGCGCCCUGGACUUCGAAGAAAUUCGUUCAUACGAGAUACAAAUUGAAGCAACAGAUCAGGGAACUCCCCCGCUAUCAGGUCACUGCAAGGUGGUGGUGGAGGUGCUGGACGUGAAUGACAACGCGCCGGAGGUGUGGGUGACAUCGCUGUCGGUGCCGGUGCCAGAGGACGCAAAGAUGGGGACGGUGGUGGCUCUGCUGAGCGUGUCGGACCGGGAUUCAGGGGCGAACGGGCGCGUGCGCUGCACGGUGUGGCCGUCGGAGCCGUUCGAUCUGGUGUCGACGUUCUCGGGCUCGUACUCGCUGGUGCUGCGGGAGGCGCUGGACCGGGAGCGGGUGUCUGAGUACGAGGUGGAGGUGCGGGCGGAGGACGGCGGGGCGUCGCCGCUGCGCGCCAGCCGCGCUCUGCGUGUGCCGGUGUCGGACGUGAACGACAACGCGCCGGCGUUCUCUCAGGCCGUGUACACGGUGCUGGUGCGGGAGAACAACGCGGCGGGCGCGGAGCUGGCGCGGCUGUGGGCGCGGGACCCAGACGAGGGGGGCAACGGGCGCGUGAGCUACUCGGUGGCAGAGAGCGGGGGCGGGUCGUCGGUGUCGGGCGGCGGGUGGCGUCCGGCGUCGAGCUACGUGUCGGUGGACGCGGAGAGCGGGCGUGUGUGGGCGCUGCAGCCGCUGGACUACGAGGAGCUGCAGGUGCUGCAGUUCGAGGUGCGUGCGGUGGACGCGGGGGAGCCGGCGCUGUGCGGCAACGCCACGGUGCAGCUCUUCGUGCUGGACGAGAACGACAACGCGCCGGUGCUGCUGCCGCCUGCCGGGGGCGGGCCGGGCUCCGGCGGCGCGGGCUCGGAGGCGUCGGGUUCGGGCUCGGUGGAGCUGUGGGCGUGGGCGUCGUGGGGGUCUCCGGCGGGGCAGGUGGUGGCGAAGAUCCGCGCGGUGGACGCGGACUCGGGCUACAACGCGUGGCUGCGCUACGAGCUGUGGGAGCCGCGGGGCAAGGGCCCGUUCCGCGUGGGGCUUUACAGCGGCGAGGUGAGCACGGCUCGGGCGCUGGAGGAGGCGGACGGCCCACGGCAGCGUCUGGUCAUCGUGGUGCGGGACCACGGCGAGCCUGCGCGCUCUGCCACGGCCACGCUCAGCGUGUCGCUGGUGGAGGGCACCGAGGCGGCGCUGGCGGCCGCGAGCUCGGGCUUGUCGGGGGCGAGGCUGCGCCCGGCGGCAGCCCGGAGGGCAGUGUAUCAGCAUCGGCGACGACGACGAACGUGUGGCUGGUGGUGGCCAUCUGCGUGGUGUCGAGCCUGUUCCUGCUGGCAGUGGUGCUGUACGGGGCGGCGCGGUGGUCGCCGCGGUCGGCGGUACUGUCGGGUCCCGGUCCGACCACGCUGGUGUGCGCCAGCGAAGUGGGGAGCUGGUCGUACUCGCAGCGCCAGAGCCGGAGCCUGUGUGUGACGGACGGUGUGGGCAAGAGCGACCUGA